GUUCAUUGUUGUGAAACAGAAGAGACUUGCAGAUUAAUAAAGGAGCGCUUCAGGCGGAUUCAGCACAUCGGGGGGAAAAAACGGAACGUAAUAGGCGAGUCUCGAGAAACAACCGGAGGGACCUUUAACAACUUUAUUAGCCAUGGGUUGUUACGAAUGCUGUGUAAGAUGCUUGGGUGGGAUUCCUUAUGCCUCACUUUUUGCCACCCUGCUCUGUUUCUCGGGCGUGGCUUUGUUCUGUGGAUGUGGUCACCAGGCGCUGACUGAAACAGAGAGGCUCAUUGAGGCCUAUUUCUACCGCGGAGCCCCGGAUUACACUACACUGGCUUACAUAAUCCAAUACUUCCAAUAUAUCAUAUAUGGACUGGCUUCCUUUUUCUUUCUGUACUGCAUCUUGCUGUUGGCCGAGGGGUUCUAUACCACCAGUGCUGUCAAGGAGACCUAUGGAGACUUCAGAAGCACCUUCUGUGGCAGAUGCCUUAGUACGACGUUUAUUGUCUUGACCUACAUUAUUGCUGUGAUCUGGCUCUUUGUGUUUGCCUGCUCUGCAUUACCUGUCUAUAUUCUGCACAAUAUGUCAACCACUUGCCAGACCAUCACUUUACUCUCUGAGACCAGCUCGGGACUCAACCAGCUCUGCAUGGAUGCCCGGCAAUAUGGUGUCUUACCCUGGAACGCCACCCCAGGAAAGGUCUGUGGUAUGACGCUGGUGGCAAUCUGCAAAACCAAGGAGUUUGACCUGACCUUUGACCUCUACAUUGCUGCCUUCACCGGAGCAGCAGCCACCCUCAUUGCUUUGCUGACCUAUAUGAUGUCCACUACCUAUAACUUUGCUGUCCUGAGGUUUUUGAGUCGACAGGGUAUCUGCACUAGAUGCUAGAGUCUCAAGCACCAGUCUGUCUUCCUCUCACAUUUUCCAGGUCUGGUCUAGUACAGCCAUGCCACUCAUCAUAAUGUUAGGAGCUGAAAAGAAAAGACAAAACUCUUACAAAGCUUAAAUAUACUCAGAUAUUUUAAAAAGAACAAUACAUGUUAAAUUGUCAGAGGUGAAUGAUGCUCCUUUACCAGUUAAUGCACCUUAAUCUUUUUUUUUUUUGUAAUUGGAAAAGCAGGUGUAUUUUCAGAAAAUGACUCUUCUUCUUUAAAGCACUUAAGGAAAGCUGCUUUUAUUUUAUAAAGCUUAACUCCAGAGGCUUCUGCACUCUGCGUUUUGUUCCAAAUAUUGACUGUACUAGAUCUCACAAUGCACUCUACUGUCUGCUUGAACUUAAGUUUCUUUUUCCUUGUCACUGUUUCCCACCUUACUAUAAGCUUGCAUUCUUUUUACAACUAUGGCUCUAACCCUAUGAGGGAUUAAUGCAGAGUCGAAUGUUGAUAAAGCAAAUGUGCAUAAACCAAAACUGGCGAAUGCCUAUUUACAGAAUAAGGAACCCUCCCCAUUUUAUUUUUUAAUGUGUUUUUAUUUAUUUGUUUUACAUUUGUCAUUCAGAAAUGCUUUAUGUGCCAAACAUUGAAUAAGUCUGUAACUAAAAUACUCAAUUCACUGUCUAAAACUGUAAUACAAAAAUCAAUUAUUUUAGAAAGUUAACAUUUCUCAUUUUGUAACAAAUAGUUAUAUUUGCUGUUGAAUUAUAUAAAUUAUCAUCAUCAACUACCAACAUUUUUUUUUAUUUUUAACAUUGAAUGUAAAUCUGAGACAGUGGUCUGAUUUUUUUUCCAAACUGAUUUUGUUAUUGUUAAUAUCAGUGAAGCCAGUACAUUUGAUUUCCAAGACAGCCACACAUCCAAAACUGCUACAGGAGUAGAAUUAGAAUUUUAGAGUACUAUCCUGUACCACUCCUGUACUGCUUUAUUUUUUAUUGAGACUUUACAAAUUCCCUGAAGUGGAGUCACUUUCAUUUAUCAACCUUUUGUGCGAUACUUUAUAACUAAUAAUAAUUUUAAAGAAAGGUAUUGAAAGGUGCUAUCAAAAUUCCUUUGGUUACAUUUUGUUUUCUAGUGUAAUCAGUUUAACUUUUUUUUUUUUAAUAUUGCUAAUACAAAAAGUGUCCUUGGUAACCGUAGGUAUAAAAUACUGUAGCUAUAUAGCACUUGUGUGGCAAUUUAAAAUAGUGCCUGUUGCACCAUUAGUGGUGGUGAUUAUUAAAACUUAAAGUCAGCUCUGGCUUUUAAAUACCAGUAUGUGGAUUUUCACAGAUAAGGUAAUGAAUAUUUAACAGAAAAUAAAAAUAGUGAAAACUGAUCACUAUGGUUGGAUUUUUUUUCUUUAUGUGAUGUUAAAACCUUGUAAAUAAAGCUGAGAGAGAUUUGUUUGACUUGAUGUGAGCAGCUAAUGAAGAAGCUAUCAAUUUAGUUUACUCUGUUUUAUAUUUUGGCAAGCCAUCAUCCAUGUCUAUUUUUUCUUAUUUUUAUGUUUUUAUUUACGCUUGUAAUGGAAAGGUAUCUAUGAUGUUUAAAGUAGCUUUGCUCACAGACAUUUAGAUAGUGAAAAAAAUGUGUGCAAAACAGAAUUGUAUAUGCGGUUCAAAUAGUUUAACAAUACAUCUUAAAUUUUGCAAUUCUGAACAGGUUACAUUUGGCACAAAUACAAAAAAAAGUUUCUGUAUCGAUGUACAACAUUGUGUAUUGCUGUCCUGAAUGCCUUUGCAUAGUGUGCCGUUAACAAAUACAAAUGAAAGAAAUCUC